AUGGGCGACAAUGAACGAGUCGAUUUCGAAUGGCUCGCCGACCUCUCAAAGGGGCAAGCAUUCACCACCUGCGGGCUGUCUCGCCCCGCCAAGUCUCUCGAUUUCGGAGCAGACGGCUUUACCGCUUCACUCACGGACACCCACGAACUGCUCCAGUUGACACGGCCUGAUGCGACAUGCGGCCUGGUGUUUCUCAGGGGUGGCUUUCCCGACAGAGCGGAUUCUAUCCUGUCGCGAGCCCAGAGAGGCGACGACAGCGACACAUUUGGAACCAAGCUACUACGCCCGGAGCCUCGUUCUGACUACCCGGAUGUCGAGCUCGGUGAGCGCAAGGCGCAAGGGUGGCUCAACUUCCGCUGGCCGUACGCACAAUACGAGUUGGUGCGGCGGCAUCCCGAGAAGCGCGACAUCAUCCUGGGAACUGGUACCUGCGAGAUCGUCUCCUUCGUGAGCGAUGGAACAGUCUUCCAAAUCCAUCGUCUUAAAUGGGGCCGCGGCUCUUCGGUCAACGAUCAAGACGAUAGCGACGCGGCCAAUUCAGCAACGGCGCGAUUCAGGGUCGGCGGACGUGUGAGGUUCGGCUGUCCCUGCGCCCAGGCUGCCGACGGACCCGCGGACGAAGAUAGAUUUGCGACGGCUAGCUCUGGCCUAGCUCUCUGUUGCACAAGCGGCAGAUACAAGACGACACUGGUGCUCGGCGUUCAAGUUCACGGCGCACCUCAACCGCUCGCUGCAAGACACAUGGAUGGCAACGCGAGUGGUAUAUCUAGCCGGCGGAGAUGGAUUGACCUGUCUUCCGAGUACCGGGUCAAGAUCCCCUUUGGGGACCACGAGGGCGUCUGUCUUGUCUCAUCGUACGCCCUGCGGGCUGCUGCAGAGGAUCCUCAAGCGCUGCUCACCGUGCCGGGCAGUGCCCCGCUGCCCGACCGCUUGCAAGAUUAUUUAGGCGUCGACCGCCAGUCGGUCAACAUGACGGACCGGCUCUGGACUGCGCUUUGUUCUGCCAACUACGAAGCCGGCGAAGCGGUGGAGCUGUGCGUCGUGGGUCGAUGUGUUGAGCAGAUCCUCGGCGUCACGUCGAUCCCUUUGCAAAAGCCCCGUCAACCUAGCAACCAGGAGGGCCACGAACUACCGGAGUUAGCCUUGAUUGGCAACAUCAUGACCUUCCAGUACGUUGAUGUGGAAAGUGCGUUCUAUCAAAUCCGUCUCCUCGCCAAGACGCAUUACUUCAUCAAGAGCCGGCGGCUGGAGCGCGAUUUUGUUGACGAGGUACAUUACCGCGACCUGAACCAGAUCAAAGAGGAGUAUCUCAAAAAUAUCAGAUCCGCGCUCGGCCGGGCUUUGACAUGGCUAUUCCGCACCGACCUGAAGCCGGGGCGCCUGCUCCUCGCCGUCUACAGCAAGCCAGUCGAGGGUGCUGCCGGCAACCCAGUGUUUGCGAGCUGCGCCAGAGGACGGGUCCAGCUCACCUGGGACGGAUCCUACAACCGUGGGUGCUACGCUACCAUGGCCGCUUGGUACGUCUACAGGCUGUGCCCUGAGGCAAUCACGGACCGGCUGGCAAAGGAGGUCUUGAUACCGUUGCUCCCGCAAGCAUACACGGAGGGAAUGCAACGGGCGGACCGCGUCAAGCAGCCAUCGCCAAAAGCCAACGUGCUUCAGUGGCUGCAUUUCAGCUGCAUAUUGCUGCUGUAUCACGAGCUCGGCUGCGAAGAAAACGCCGACCAUCCCAAGCAUCGCAUCGACCUCGACGUCAGCGAAGUACGAGAGACCCAGGAAAGGUUCGAAAAGGCGGUUUCACGGCUCAAGACGAGCCAGUCCGAUGGCUGGUCCGCUGAGCACGACGAACUGGACCGCGUGAUAUUGCUCGCAGAAGAGAUGGCCCUGGAUCGGCUGAGGGACAAUACAAAAUCCCACAGCCUGGCAGUAUCUCGGGCCAGGCAGACCAGGCGUCGUAUACGGAACCGCAGAAGAACAGCGAAGUUCCACUUGGGCCCCAAGCCCUGGAUGGCCGCACGGUCGCUGAGCAACGGCCCAUGGGAGCUGCAAUGCAUCCACCAUGAAGCCUCCUUGCGUGUUGCCGACGAGUCAAACGUCAUUGCGGCACGAGAUAGGCUAUUCGAGUUUCUCCUCUCCGACUACUCCUUCAUGGCGUCCUGGGACCGAGCCGAUGCCGGCAUGAUCGGGACGUGGUGGGAUAUUCAGCCAGUCGCCAUGGUUUCCUCGACCUUACUUGACCUGAAGGUCGACGGCAAGUUACAGGCUGCCAAGAGCACCGCCCCCAUUUCUGCCCCUCCAGUGGAUGAGGACUCGGCAGCAGAUGGGAUGAGCAAAUCCAUUGGAGAUCUGAGAACAGGCAGCAACAAUCUGGAUGGAGUGGACGUGGAUCCCGCCACAAGGAAGACGCUUGACGCUGGGCAAGUGGCACUGAUUAGUGCCCUAACCCGCCAGCUCAAGCAGUCAAUGGAUGAACUCAUACAGGCAGGUGCAGGUGCAGCUGGCGAUGGGAUGGCAAGCAAGGCUUUUGAGUGGGUAUCGCAACGACCGCCAUCCAUCUACCAUCCGGUAAUUGCGUCCCCCUGUUCCGUCCAUCCAGUGCAAGUUUUCUGUCACUAA